AUUGAUGCUAUUCGGGCUAACGAGCUGGAUCCUAAAAUGUUCAAAAAAUGUGAUGCGACGGUAUGUCGGAUAAUACAAACUUACAACCCUGAAGAUGAGAAAUUCCACAUCGGUGGAGCUAAGUUACCAUUGCGCAACAACGACAUCAGGUUGAUCUUUGGGGUACAAUGUGGGAGGGAGAAAUUGGAUAUGACACAGGGUGGGAAAGGGCCGUCUGAUUUCAUGCAAAGACGCUGCGCAAAUGUUACCCGAAUUUCCUCAAAACUAAUAAAGGACUUGCUGGGAGAAGCCAUCUGUGGUCAUACGGAGCGUGACGAAGAAGAUGUGGCGAAAUUGUUGUGUCUUUAUGUGUGCGCCAAGUUAUUUUUCGCAACAACCGGCGAGCAUAUAGGUUGGGCAUUUGUCCGUGUGAUUGACAAACUAGACACGUUGCAGCACUAUAACUGGAGUGCAACAAUAAGAAACACAUUGAUUGGGUCACUAAAUGAGAUGCACAAUAAGCCAGAGAAGGUCACUGGUUGCGUAGUAGCAUUGCUGUUCCUUAUUUGUGAGCAUUCAAACAUCGUCGCUCCGGAACGACCCGACGUGACACCACGUUUUUGUAGAUGGAACAUUGCAGCCGCUGUGGGGAAACUAAGAGUAAUAAAUUUGUCGUCAGAAGGUUGCUUUGAGGUCCAGUGUGGCAAACUUGUUGGGACGAUUAAUGAAUGUCAUAUUCUGAAGGUGCCUGCUGCUGCUAUUGAACCAAAAGAAUGUAGUAGAAUUAGGGUGGAUGUGGAACCGCCUGGAGUGUGCGAUGAACGCAGGGCUGUGAUUGAGACAGAUGAUGUUGGCAGCGUGGAGCCGAGCUUCAAUUGUUGGCAGCCGGCCAAAAAAACAAAGGGUGACAUGAAAAUAGAGGGGGCCAAUGACUAUGACAAUAAAAAUACUGGAACACCGACCAGCAAGGAAAAAGUAGCUGGGAAGCUGGUGUCACGUGGAGAGGUUUGGCCGGUAUUGUUCCCAGAUCUUCUGGAACUGUCCAGCACUCUAGACGGUGAAGACGUGGGUGGGGAACAAAGAGGGGUGCGCGAUGAGCUGAUAACUUGUAAAGCAAGAAUUACUGAAUUAGAGAGUGAGAUCAAUAUGAAAGAUGUACAGAUAUGUGAACUGGAACAGCGUGUGGAAACACUGGAAAAACUGCUCGGGCGGCAUGCUGGUAAUUUGUUUGCAAACUUAAAUACUGUGAUUGUGGAUAAGGAUGCAGAAAUUGCACGGCUCACCAAGCAGGUUGAUCGAUUGGACAAAAAAGUAAGCAAUUUGGAAGAUAGUCUUGAUGACCUUGAGGUUCACGAGGUCACACAAUUAGCUGUGAAUGCUGGAUCCAAUCAGCGAACACCAAGUAAUAGUCUGUCAGGCAAAGUGAGUGGGUCUGCCAAUGUGACAAGUUGCGAAAGUGCGCAGCGGCCUGCAUGUCGUAGAGGCCAACUCGAAGACGUGCGGAUCAACGAAUUACAACUUGUUGACAAUGACCCUGGGAUUGAAGAUUUGACAGAUGACUUUGCAGAUGGGAUUGUACGUACAACUGUGGCAAGGGGAGAGGGUAGCUGCAGCCCUAUAAAUGCAGAGACAGUAGCUGAUGGCAAUGUAAAGGAUGGCGCAGCUGUCGUUGUUGUAGAAGGUCAUAGUGAACACACAGCAGGUGCAGCAAGUUCAGGGCCGAAAAUUACAUCACUUGUCAAAAGGGUGAAGAACAAGGCAAGACGGGAAUUUAGGUUAUCAGACUACGAAUAUCCCGGCAUAUUUGGGCGUCCACAGGUAAACACCAAUGUCAGACUUGGUAAAUCAGUUGAACCCGGGGUGAUUUACAGUGUUGAGGACGUCGAGGUGGAGCGUAAAACAUGGAAUGGAUUCGGUCUGAAUAGGCGGCACACUGUGUGGAACAUGGUGAAGGAUGAAGACAGGGAACUACUACAAAGGAUGUACACUUUAGAGGGGGACGAGUACGUUGUUCGGAUGAAAUGUUCUAUUGUUUAACAUGUACAACUUGUAAAACUAUGCUCUAUGGUGGUUCUUAAUUUUGGUGCACGGUGUGCAGGUUAAUAGUGUGGGAUGGUGGACAUAAUGGAAUACAAGUCCAUUUCACGGACAUCAAAGAUUUGGUGCAGCAGAACUCCAUACACGGCAAUGUAAUCGAUGCAUACGCUGCAAUGUUGACUGAAAUGCAUAAGAUGGUAUCUGGAAGGGCAGAAUAUGUUGGGGCAUCGUACAUUUACACUAGUGUUUGUUCGGAUAUGAUGCGAAACAGUAGUGCUGUUUCCCGAGCGAAGUAUUUGAAUGUUCACAUGAAGGCUGCACGAGGUUGCAGAUACACAGUAAUCCCAAUCUACAAUGCCAACCAUUGGACAGUCAUGGCGUGCGAUUCAGAAAGUGGGAAUUAGAAACAUUACAACUCGAUGCGGCCAAGACGUGGAGUGCGCGAUGAGCACUACAAUGAGGCUCUAAAAGUGGUAAGUGCUGUUUACAAAUUUCAGUUUACAAUGUGCAUUAUGGGCAGAUUGCAAUGUGGAAAAUGUUAAUGUUACUGUGGACAAAACUGCACUGACAUGUGAAAAAUGGACAGAAACAAUGGGUGGCUGAUCACCACAACAAAUUUGUGAAGCCUCGAGUUACACCUACAGCUGUUGGCGCACAGCUGUUUGAUGGCAGUUUUGUAUCUGUUGUGGAUUGCCCACAACAAGUUCCAGAGUCGUCGGAUUGUGGGAUUUUCGUGUGCUUCAUAAUCAGGCAGUACAUUCGUGGUGCAGAAGUGAAUACUUCGAUGGAUGGGCUGACCCCAACUGGGCUACGAGCUGCAAUAGUGGAAAUGUUCUUAAGUGACCCGGGCAGUGGACUCCGUGGGAGGACAUUAUAACAAGUUGAGAAGACAUUUCCCAGUGCGCAAGUUGCAACAACAGCAUUAGGAUGUUUUAUUCUGUUUUUCCCGUAUCGGCGUAUAUAAUGUUUUGUUAGUCUGGAAACACAUAAAAGUAGGACGCAAAAACUAGUUUCAUAUACGUUACUUUUUUGGUAAUGCAGAAGUGGCAAACGGUUUAAUCUUGGGUUAGGAUCCAGUAUUUUGUGGAU